AUGAAGGUAUUUUCGUUCGUCAUUGCCGCGCUCACACUCGCCGCUGGCGUCAGCGCCGUCGGCAUCCAGAAGUCCGUCCUCUUCACCUACCCUCGCGAGACACCCGACUGGGUUGUGGACCAAGCCAAGAAGGCCAUCGAGGAAGCCGGCGGUCUCAUCACCCACGAGUAUACCCUGAUCAAGGGUUUUGCGGCCAAGGUUGGUGACAAAGCCAUCGGGACCGUUUCAGCGAUGGGGGAGCAAUACAAGGUGCUCGUUGAGGAGGACCAGGAGGUUCACAUCGCAUAG